GAAUUUCGAGUAGAGGAACUGCGUGGCAGGCCGGUAGCUGGUGGUCUCGUCAAGGGCGACCAUGGAGGACCUGGCCGAGCCACGGUGGCCUCCGGGGUUGGCGAUGAUGAAGACAAUAGAUGACUUGCUGCGCUGUGGGAUUUGCUUUGAGUAUUUCAACAUUGCAGUGAUAAUCCCCCAGUGCUCUCACAACUAUUGUUCUCUCUGUAUAAGAAAAUUUUUGUCCUAUAAAACUCAGUGCCCAACUUGUUGCGUGGCAGUAACAGAGCCAGACCUGAGAAAUAAUCGCCUCUUAGAUGAACUGGUAAAAAGCAUGAGUUUUGCACGGACUCGCCUGCUGCAGUUUGCCUUAGAGUCACCACCCAUAUCUCCUGUGUCUUCCACCUCAAAGAAGGUUGUAGUUAAGGUACAUAAUGUUGAAGCCAUCCAACACCCUGUCAAACAGGGGAACAGGUUAAUGGAUAAGUUCCUGAUUAGAGAAACUGGUGAUUGUGUAUCCGAGUUGUUGGGAAAAGAAAAUGAGAGGAAAUUCAGCCCUCAAAAAGAGAUAAGCACCUCUGCUGAUAUUAAAGAGACAAGUCUCCUAGGAAAGACGGCACUUGGUCUCUCGGAUGCUAAUGGUCCUGUGACACCUUCUACAUCCACUCUGAAACUGGAUACUAAAGUGUCUUGUCCUGUUUGUGGGGUCAGCAUUCCAGAGAACCACAUCAAUAAGCAUUUAGACAGUUGUUUAUCACGGGAAGAGAAAAAGGAGAGCCUUAGAAGUUCUGCUCACAAAAGGAAGCCAUUGCCCAAAACUGUGUAUAACUUGCUCUCUGAUCGUGAUUUAAAGAAAAAGCUGAAACAGCAUGGCUUAUCUAUUCAAGGAAACAAACAGCAGCUUAUUAAAAGGCAUCAGGAAUUUGUGCACAUGUAUAAUGCCCAGUGCGAUGCUUUGCAUCCUAAAUCAGCUGCUGAAAUCGUCCAAGAAAUUGAAAACAUGGAGAAGACCAGGAUGCGCCUUGAAGCAAGUAAACUCAAUGAAAAUGUUAUGGUUUUUACAAAGAACCAAACAGAGAAGGAAAUAGAGGAAAUUCACAGUAAAUAUCGAAAAAAGCACCAGAAUGAAUUCCAGCUUCUGGUGGAUCAGGCCAAAAAAGGAUACAAGAAAACUGGCAGAAUGUCGAAAGCUGCAGUAAUGAGGAAAGAUGAACCUGCAGAGACACUGCCAUCUGAACGUAUGGCACAAGAAGAUAACGUGAGCUUCUCAGAUACUGUCUCAGUAACAAACCACUUUCCUCAGUCCAAGCUGGACUCCCCAGGGCUGUCCGAGCCCGAGAGACCAGACGAUUCUUCUAGUUGUACUGAUGUUCUUCUCUCCUCAGAAUCAGAUUCGUGCAAUAGUUCCAGUUCGGACAUCAUAAGAGAUCUCCUGGAAGAAGAGGAAGCCUGGGAAGCAGCUCACAAAAAUGAUCAAAACAAAGAAGUAAGCCCACAACAGAAUCGUCGCACUAGAGCCACUGAACGUGCUGAGAUUGAACCAAGAAACAAGCGGAAUAAGAAUUAGUAUGGCCUUUUGCCAGUUUUUCUGAACAGUGACCUGAGUAUGAUAUUUUUAUUGCCAUGUGUGGUUUCAUAUUUAGCAAUAUCCAAGGAAGAUUUUUUUAAGUCUAAAUGCAAUAGUUAAUUUAUUUUCAUUCUUUGCCUUCCUGAACAACAGCAACAAAAAAAACCUAAAAAACAAAAAAACAAAAAAAAAGUUCUGAAAUGACCCGUUUUGGUCAGUUGUUUGCUUUCUUUCCUUUAAGAUAUUUCUCCCCUCAAAACACACUCACCAGCUUUGCCCAGAGUAUAUGUUCCUUAGUAGGAGUGUUUACUUCUCUAUUUUAGGAUGUUUUUAAGUCAUUUUUCAGUUUUUUCCAUUGGAGGGCAAACCUCAGAAGCAGCUUCUUUGCGUCCCUUGACAGUAACAAGCCUGCUGGUCAGAAUAUGCACGCCUUUGUCAUAAUCCACACACCUUGGGGUAAGGGCCUGGUGCCAGGCCACCAGCAGUUACUGCUCAGUACUCGUCGAAUAUAUUUGUUAGACACACCUGUGUCUACAUAUAGAGUAGGUUUAUAAUGUAAAAUCACAGUUAGUUCUAUGGUGUUUGAAAAGUCGGGGAAGUUAGUGUUGUGAUUUAAGGGCACAGUCACCUUCCUCUGAAGCAUAUGUCUGCUUCUAACAUGGCACUUAAAAACUGUUCUCUUAGCAUUUCUCCACUGGGGUCAGGCAGAUCUCUAACACUUUGAAUCCCAGCUGUUAAACAAAAAAGUGAAAUAAAUGGAUUUUAUCAAUAAAUAUACAACUGGUAAUGUCCUUGAAA